CGCUCUCUCACCUUGUGUAUACCUGCUGAAGAUUGGCCCUACGCAACACCAAGGCUGCUUGCAUAUAUCUACAGUGUAUCUGAGCUGGUAUACAAUUGGACUACGUGAUGGUUGGACAAGGUAGUAUUACACAAAGUGACCUGGAGUAUAUGCUAGUUGAUGAGACCACAGAGCCCAUUGCGGUGCCAUUGUCACUUUUGUCAGAAAUCACAGAUGAUUUCUCGCUGGAAAUUGGCAGUGGUGGCUUUUCAAUUGUUUAUAAGGCAACACUUGAGAAUGGAACUAUCGCUGUAAAGAAACUGUCCAAUACACACAUGUACGAGGAAGAAUUUCACCGAGAGGUCGAAUGUCUCAUGAAGGUGAAGCACAAGAAUAUUGUACGAUUUCUGGGGUAUUGUGCUGACACACAAGGGAAUAUGAAAAGUCACGAGGGAAGAUUGGUCAUGGGAGAUGUACAACAAAGAUUGCUCUGCUUUGAGUAUCUACCAAAAGGAAGCCUUGAUGCUUAUAUCAGGGAUUCAUCUAGAGAACUUGAAUGGAGAGAAUGCUACCAAGUAAUAAAAGGGAUCUGCGAGGGGUUAAAUUAUCUUCACCAAGAAAAUGUUCUGCACUUGGAUCUAAAGCCAGGAAAUAUAUUGUUGGAUGAAGAUAUGAUGCCGAAAAUUACUGAUUUUGGACUUUCAAGGUGUCUUGUGGAAAAUCAAACACGGCUCAUUACUAAAGGUGUAGGAGGAACGCUGGGAUACUUGGCACCAGAAUUCGAAAGCGGUGAAAUCACACACAAGUUUGACUUGUAUAGUCUUGGUGUCAUAAUUAUAGAGAUGCUGACCGGAAAGAAGGGCUAUCAAAACAUUCAGGAUGUACUUGAUAUUUGGAAAAAUACUAUGGUGGAUCCAUUGCAGUGGGAACAAAUACGAGUAUGUGCUAGGAUUGGGAUAGAGUGCAAAGAAGCCGACCCGGCGAAGAGACCUUCUAGUAUGAAGCAUAUAAUUGAUAGUCUUGAUGAAACUGAGUGUAGAACGCAUGUGAACCCAGCAGGUGGGAUAAGCGAGCUUCUUCUCCCUCACCAGUUCAUGCUUUGCUUCCCCUUUGAACCCAACAAGGUUAUCACGUCCCCGCUGCAUCUAACAAACAACACAGAUAAACACAUUGCAUUUAGGCUUAUCGACAAGAGCAUGGAUCCCUCCUUCCUCAGCCUACCAUUGUAUGGCAUUGUGCCGCCAAAAACCCCUUACACUCUCGUCGUGACAACACAAGAGACAGAGCAGCAACCACGAAAGCAUAUCAUAGAUGUGGUCCUCCACAGUGCUACGUUAAUAUUGGGGAAUGAGUUGUACUAUAUAAAUGCUUUCCAAAGCCGGCCAGACACGUAUUUUCAAGAGAUGGAGAAUGAAGUGCAGAAGGUUAAACUACAAGCACUUUAUACUCUGGCACGAGGCAUUGCAACAUCGUUGUCUAAGCCAGUCUCGCCCACAACCAAGAUAAUAUGCAUGGUAAAAGUCGGCAGCAAGUAUUCCUUAGACACAAACGAAGUAAAGCAAUGGAUAGUAAUCGGAGAUGACAGUGGACAUGUUGGCCUUUGGGACUAUCAGACACAGGCAUCAAUUACGUGCGUUAAAUUUAUUGCAAGAAAGCAAUGGAUUGUUGCUGGGACAGUAAAUGGUAACGUGCAUGUGUACAACUAUGAAACAAUGCAAAAGAUCACAAGUUUCAAAACUGGUGAAUUUGUUUCUCUCGUAUCACUGGCUGUUCAUCCAACCCAGUCGUAUUUGCUGUCAGUGGGUACAUACAUGAAACUUUGGGACUGGGACAAGGGUUGGGAGUGCGCACAGACAUUUAAUUCUAAACACAAAUUCUCUAGGGUCGCAUUUAAUGGAAAUGAUACAUUUGCUACUAUUUUAAUGGGAGAUGAAGAUGUGAAGAUUUGGAAUCUCGAUUCUAAAGAAUCGAAGUAUGCUCUGUAUGGGCAUUUGUACAGAGUGAACUGCUUAGAUUUCUUCACAUGUCAAGAUCAAGAGUUUUUGGUUACAGGCUCAGAUGAUAAGACUGCCAAGGAUCCCCAUAGGAUAUAUUCAUGUCUCCCGAUGCCUAAAAGGAUCAUCAAGAUUGGUUGUGCUGGAUAUGUCUACCAUCUUGCUUGUGCGAUGGAAAGGGUUGUGAUUGGGAAAGGAAACGUAGUAGCAGUUAUGGAUAUCGAUAAUGUGAGUUAUCAGGAGGAAUCAACGGAUCACAGUAAGCAGCAGUUAAGUGUAGAUACGAGACAACAUGCUGGAGACACAACGUCUAAGGAAAUCGCAGGGUCCAUCAACAAGCUACUUGAUGUCUUCCCGCAGAAACUCCGCUUCCCCUAUCAUUCCAAUGGGCCCAAUCCAUGCUCAAUACACCUAACAAAUAACACUGAUGAAAAUGUGGCAUUUAGACUUGUAGACAGGAGUCGUAAGUCUCCAUGGUGGUUUGCAGAGCUGCCGUUGUACGGCAUUGUGCCUCAUAGAUCCACUUACACUUUGAUUGUGACAAUGAAAGAGGAGAUGAAGCUAAAGACAGAAAUAGACUUUGAUCUCGUCGUUCAGAGCACUUUAGUGGCAGACAAGUAUGAGGUAUUCGAAGACAAAUCCGAGUCUGAUCAUUUUUUUGUGGAAACCAAAGAGUUUGGGAAGAUGGUGCACGAGGUGACACUGAAAGCCGUUUAUCUGCAAUACAAAGAGAUCACAUCUGAGAACACAACGUUGAACUUGAAUCAUGACCCUUUGUGUUCCCUGGAUUCACAUCCAACAGAGCUAUGGAUUUUAACAGGCCAUGAUAGUGGAUAUGCUUGCGUAUGGAACAAUGAGAUGAAGGCAAGCUAA